AAUCAAAGCGGUGUUGUCAAUGUUUUGGUCCUGUCACGGCGCCGGCGUCGUGGUGGUUGGGCGGUCGCCACCGAGAGCAUUUUGGUGGAGCUGUUUUCGGGGGCAGCCCGGCAGCCAGCUACACUCGUUUCCGGCCUCGCCCCCAAUCUGCAGCCCCUGUCUUGCAGGCCGCAAGAGAGGGCGAGAGUGCGGGUUGGCGCCGCGGCCUCUUUGGGACCUGGGCCCAGCCAUAGCCUCCUCUAUCGCGGCCGGAUAAGAGGGGCCGCGAGAUGCAGCCGCCGGGCCCUCCCCCGGCGUAUCCCCCCACUAACGGAGACUUCACCUUUGUCUCCUCAGCAGACGCGGAAGAUCUCAGUGGUUCAAUAGCACCUCCAGAUGUCAAAUUAAACCUUGGUGGAGAUUUUAUCAAAGAAUCUACAGCUACUACAUUUCUGAGACAGAGAGGGUAUGGCUGGCUUUUGGAAGUUGAAGAUGAUGAUCCUGAAGACAACAAGCCACUCUUGGAGGAAUUGGAUAUUGAUCUAAAGGAUAUUUACUACAAAAUCCGAUGUGUUUUGAUGCCAAUGCCAUCACUUGGUUUUAAUAGACAAGUAGUGAGAGACAAUCCUGACUUUUGGGGACCUCUGGCUGUUGUUCUUUUCUUUUCCAUGAUAUCGUUAUAUGGACAGUUUAGGGUGGUCUCAUGGAUUAUCACCAUUUGGAUAUUUGGUUCCCUAACAAUUUUCUUACUGGCCAGAGUUCUUGGUGGAGAAGUUGCAUAUGGCCAAGUUCUUGGAGUUAUAGGAUAUUCAUUACUUCCUCUCAUUGUAAUAGCCCCUGUACUUUUGGUGGUUGGAUCAUUUGAAGUGGUGUCUACACUUAUAAAACUGUUUGGUGUGUUUUGGGCUGCCUACAGUGCUGCUUCAUUGUUAGUGGGUGAAGAAUUCAAGACCAAAAAGCCUCUCCUGAUUUAUCCAAUCUUUUUAUUAUACAUUUAUUUUUUGUCCUUAUAUACUGGGGUGUGAUCUGAAAAAGAUAUACUUGAACAGAAAAAGAUGAUGUUACAUUUGUUUGUAGACUGAGGAUUCUUGCUGAGGAGGUUGGAGAAAACCUUGGUGAUAAAAUUUUACAUGUUCCUGUUGUAAAGACAGAAUUAAGGUCUUUUUAAAAAAAUUUUUUUUGUAUUUAAUUAAACAAUUGCAGAUAUCUGGAGUUUUGUUCGUCGGAAUUCUAAAGUCUGUUUGAUUCUUCAUAUUCCAGUGAAUAAAAUAUAAAAGCAUUGUGUUUUUAAGAUUGUGUCAAUAUUCACCUAAAAACGUGCCAAAAGCACCUAGACUGGUAAUUAUAUUUCAUUUGAAGGUAAAUAUGACAUCUUGAUAAUCUAGAAGUGUAUUUUUUUUUCCUUUUGAAGAAUUUUCUCCUGCACCACAGAUCCUGUAGAUAUAUAUUUAUAUUUAUACAUAUAUAUUUAUGAAAUAAUUCUUAUUCACAAAAUAUAUUUCUGAAUAACCUGAAAAUUAAAUAUUUUAAACCUGAUGCUUAAACUUUCUUUAAUUUGGCCAUUUAGUCUUUUUUUUUUAAUAAAUUAAAUUUAUUAAAUUAUACCUAAUUUUUAAAAAAUCAUACAUGUUUCAGUACUUCUUUGUUAAGAAUUCUUAACUACUAAAAUUAAUUUUAAUAGUUGCUAAUGUAGAUUUUAUUUGCUUGGGCGUACUUUGAAAUACCAUUUUGAGUUGUCUCUGCGUCUGAUUUAAUGUUUCUGUUUAUCUUUCUGACCAAAGGAACAAGAAGUAUAUUGUAUAAGGCUUUUAGUAAAAUUGUUAAUAUGUAGAAGAACAGUAAUACUUAAAGCAUCAGCAAUUAUUUUUAAAGUGCCACUCCUAAAUCAUAAAGAUUGUUGGAAAGAAACUUUUAAAAUCAUGUGGUCCCAAUGUUAAAUGAAGUAGAAAAAAAUAAAAUGCUUCCCAGCUUCGUGUUUUGUUUUACA